CCGCUAAAACCCAGUAGCGUUUCAGGCGCAAACCACGACGCUACCGUAACGCGAUCGAAAACGCCACAUUGUUUUAAAAACCAAACGUAAUGGAAAUAGACAGUGCUGUUAGUUUUCAUACUUAGUGACUGAUAAACAAAUGCUUGGCCGUCAAUGUACGCAACUGGUGACGUAAACAUCGGGACAUUGCCAGGAACUGAACGUAGAGGCAUCGCAUCGCGCAGCGGCAAUCGAUCGCCUGCGCGCGCACCUCCGCCAUCCUGGCUUCAGUAGCGAAUGGUGGCUCCAGUCGAAUACAAUAUUCGACAGAAAUGUACCAAACCCGUGUUAAGUGACUACCGAAUUAAGUAUUGUCAGACCAAGUGAGAACCGAGUCGAUAGGGGAUCAAAUAUAAGCCAAUCAUGUCGCCACUGCUGGGAACGUUGCUGCGGUGGCGGCGCGAGGCCGCCGGGGAAACGCCGCCGGAGGAGCCAGUGACGCCUACAUUGAAGAAUACCACUGGAACAGAAGCCGGAACCUCGAUGCCUAUAACGACGUCGACUGUGGCGCCGAGCCAAGAGACCAUCGGGGAGAAGACGGCAGACUUGGCGCGCAAGAUGAACAUGGAAACAUGGCAGCUUGUCGCCAUACUUGUCGGUGUGGGAGUGGUGGUGCUUGGUAUCUGCUUCUGCUGCAUCAGGCGAUGUUUCCGAAAGCGACGCUCCAAGGAUGGCAAGAAGGGAAUGAAAGGUGUCGACCUUAAAUCCGUCCAGCUUCUAGGUUCCGCCUACAAAGAGAAGGUUCAGCCUGACAUGGAGGAGCUCACGGAGAAUGCUGAGGAACCAGACGAUGGUGACUCCAAGAAAGAGGAACAGAAACUAGGAAAACUUCAAUACAAGCUGGAGUAUGACUUUAACAGCAACAGUCUGUCUGUAACCGUGAUCCAAGCUGAAGAUCUUCCUGCUCUGGAUAUGGGCGGAACAUCCGAUCCAUACGUGAAGGUUUACUUGCUCCCCGACAAGAAGAAGAAGUUCGAAACGAAGGUUCAUCGAAAGACCUUGAGUCCCGUUUUUAACGAGACAUUUGUUUUCAAGAACGUGCCCUACGCCGACGCUAUGAACAAAACUCUUGUAUUUGCCAUCUUCGACUUCGAUCGCUUUUCGAAACAUGACCAGAUCGGUGAGGUGAAGGUGCCGCUGUGCCAGGUAGACUUGGCCCAGACUAUCGAGGAGUGGCGCGAGCUGCAGAGCGUUGAAGGCGAAGGGGGGCAGGACAACAAGCUGGGAGACAUUUGUUUCUCGUUGCGUUAUGUACCGACGGCUGGAAAACUGACUGUAGUCAUUCUGGAAGCUAAGAACCUCAAGAAAAUGGACGUCGGCGGUCUAUCAGAUCCGUACGUAAAGAUAGCACUUAUGCAAAACGGCAAACGUCUCAAGAAGAAGAAAACGAGCAUCAAGAAAUGCACACUGAAUCCCUAUUACAACGAGUCAUUUACUUUUGAAGUACCAUUCGAACAGAUACAGAAAGUGAACCUAGUGAUCACCGUCGUGGACUACGAUCGCAUCGGUACGUCUGAACCAAUCGGCAAGGUAGUGCUGGGAUACAACGCGUCAGGAACCGAGCUACGUCACUGGUCCGACAUGCUGGCUAGCCCGCGGCGCCCGAUUGCGCAGUGGCACACCCUGAAGGACCCCGAUGAUGGAGAGAAGAAGGAUUAAAUCUUGUACUGAGUAUGAGAAGCAGAAAUUACAAACCUGGAAGUACGAGUGUGAAGAAUAAGCGACUUAUAUUAUUUAUACCUACGUUAAUUAAGAAGUUUGCUAAUAUGUUCUAUUUAAACAAAUUUGGCGUUGGAUCCACUCUACGUAACUUAUCGUUGAACUAAAAAACCCUAAUCAGUUAUAAUUGCUGUUCUAUUAAGCAUUUACGUACAUAUGCCUAUCCUUUUCCUUAUUAAGGCAUUUUUUCUUAAGUUAUAUGUAUCUAACGUUAUUGAAACGUUGUCACCUGUAAAAGCGUUAUUAUAUUAAAACUUUCAAUCGGAGAAAGUAGCUGCAAACAUAUAAGUUGGAUAGGUAGAAGAAUUCUUUGCAUAGCAAGUGAAUUAGCCCAAAAUCUAUCGUUCUAUUAAGUCUUGUUCUUUCAUCUCGACUAACUAAUACUCGUAUCUUGCUAAAUUGUAAGAAGGUUGAUUUAGCAAUAUGUAAGUUGUGAGGACAGUAGGAAUAAUGUUAGAAUUCCUUUGCAACUUCUACUUCCUUAGCGUCGAAUAAAAAUUUAUUUUUAAAUUCUCGCUAAGAUAAUAAAAAAAACAGCUUGGUUUUAAUAUGUGUGCUUUGUUAACAAAAGCGUUCUCUUAAAGUACCUAUGUGUACAUACAUACGUGUAAUCGAAAAUAUAUUUCAUUUAAAACCUAUUACAAAAAGCUGUGUAAAUAAGUUGUAUCCUGUUAAAUUUAUUACAUUCUAUUUUACUAUCAUAUAAGUGUUAUAGUAUUGAUACCCCUUUAUUAUUAUGAUAAUACUGUUCCUCGAGAGAAGAGAAUGGAUCGACUUUUCCUUAUUUAUGUUUAGAUAAUUAGUUUCUUGUGAUAGGUACUACAGAUUAUACUUUGUCGGGCAACUGUUAUUCUCUUCUUGCGAGGAACUCUAGGCCUAUUGUAUAGGUACCUAAACAUUAUUAUUUUAAGGCAUGACAUUCUACUAAUUAAAAUCUUUUGAUGUCUGGUGUCCAUCGAUUAUUCUAUGAGUUUUUAAGUUACGUAUACUAUGAUAAAAUAUUAUAGUUUAGGUUUAUAACAAUUUUAUUUAUUUAUAGAUACGAUAUGGACACUCAAUAUACGUGGUAUCAUCGAAACUAGUCAAACGUAUAAGACUACCUACAAAUAAAAAUACAUAUACUUUAAAAAUUAUAUUGUUAAAUAGUUCCAAAUCGUUUAAAAGUUCUUUACGAUAAUAUUAAAUCGUGAUUAGACUGCUGUUCGUAUCGUCUAAGUGGUUCGUCUAGAAGGGUUUAUCCCGUCACAAGUAUUUUAUCAUUAUACAUGGUGGUCUUGGUGGCCAGGGCAGGGGUUCUCAAACAAAACUCACUUGACAGCCCACUCAAGCGGGCCCUGGCUAAGCCAUUACUACCGCGGUCUUGCCACCGCUAUUCUACUGUUAGGUGGAUAUUUAAUCAAUCUCAACACCUAACGCGUAUCGAGUACCUAUUUAUACCUACGUACUUAGCUAAAGCUUGACUGUUGUUGAUCUCAAACCUAUGUGUUAUUGUGUAUAUAAUGUAAUCACAUGUUAAAUUCCACGAUCACAUAUAUUAUGUAUAUCUAUGUACCUAUAGGGAUAAUGGAGUCGGGCUUCAAGUAAAUUUAGAAGUGCACCAACACGAAACAAGUAGGAAUAGACUUGUGGUUCAAGUACUGUAUUUAACAAUAAAUAUAAUUAUGUUAAUAUAAUAUAGAAGUUAUUAUAGCAAAAUGCAACAGAUUCAUUGUCAGUUAGGGUUGAAGUUGUAUCUGUAGCUCGCUAAAUUUAAAUGUUCUGACCUCUCUUAUGAAGAACAUUUUUAUUUCAGCAAUCUUACUCUUAAAGAUAUUAAUAAUAAUUAAAUAAACACUUUGGACAAAGAAACCUACUAACAUUAUGCUGUAGUGAAUCUGUUGCUCUCCACUCAAGUACUUUAUAAUCCCCGACCGUGCCGAUCAAACGGUCAAGCCUCGGUAGAAUUGACAAUAUAGAUAUUUCAAAUGCUAUUUAUUAACAUUUUGUAAUAUUAAGAACAAACGCCACGAAAUAUGUGAAUAAUCGCUAGAAUGUAAUAUAAGAAAAGUCAAAACUAUAUACAAAGAUUCAUAUCUAUUAAGCUGUAGCGAUUUCUCACUGGUCAUCAUACUAACCAAGUCUUUCUGGUAUCUUAUUAACAUGGUAUAAUAAUCUGUAGGUGAUCUGCCUACUGAACGUUUUCAGUCAAAUACAUCCCAAUAAAACACAUGACCUAAUCUUUGGGAUUGGAAACAAGCUAAUUUCCUAAUAAUGUGGAUAAAACCACAGAGUGCAAACAUACUAAAUUGCACCUUAUAGUCAAGUUGGUGUUUCAAUAUAAAAAUCUACAACUGAACUGCAAAACCACCCAGAAAGAAGUAUUUAAUACAAAAAUACUAUCACUCAGAUCCAUUAUUAUUUUAAGAACUUGUGAAGCCGUUUAUUUGAGUAAAAUAUAAAUUUUAAUCACACUUUAAGUGUAAAAUGUUAUAUCAUUGGAUAGUUAGCUUGUAUCAUACAAAGUGUUGAUGUGUUGGGCUGUUGUAAUCAUUGCUGUUUGUUACAAACUCCUUUGCUAAACUUAGAAUCGUAAAAAUGUAACCAAUGUUAUAAUCAUUGUUUCGUAGUUCAGAUAUUCACAUAAAAUGCAGGGUUUAUCUGUAUCAUGCCCAUCUCUUGCACCAACUAAAUAUAACAUUUACUUGUAAUUUUGUUGACACAAAAUUGUUAUCAUAGAUAUAAUGUAUAUACCUAUCUCAGAAAUGGAUUGAUAUAAAUUAUCAUAUCACUUGCCACUUAAAUAAAAAAUCAUUGUCUCAUUGUUAUGUUAAAGGUUUAUUAACAUUUUGUUUAGAAAUAUUAGAUAUUUAAUUUUAUUGUAACACAAUAUAAUUUUUACUAGAGUUUAUAAUAGUAAUGAAUUAUGUAAACUAUAAAAAUGUCUAUAAUACAUAAUUACAUAGA